GACGCAAGGCGUGACGUCAUCAAAUCAUUUUAAUCAAACUAUGCUGUUGCUUUCUUCACCUUCUGCAUUGGUUGCCAGAUUCCACCGCUCUCUUCUACACAAUCCAUUUCUUCCAUCGCCCUCUUUUUCUGGACUUCAAAUUGGAACUGCUGCUACACUUCGCCCCAUCCGUUGUUCAUCAAAUAUGGUCAAAGCGAUCAGAAUUCACGAACACGGACGCCCUGAGGUUUUGAAAUGGGAGGAUGUGGAAAUAGGGGAGCCAAAAGAAGGAGAAAUCAAGGUCAAAACUAAGGCUAUUGGUCUCAACUUCAUUGAUGUUUAUUUCCGGAAAGGAUUUUACAAGGCUCCAACAAUGCCUUUCACACCAGGAAUGGAGGCCGUUGGUGUGGUAACUGCUGUAGGUCCUGGGCUUACUGGGACAGUAGUUGGAGAUCUUGUUGCUUAUGCUGGUAAUCCAAUGGGCGCAUAUGCAGAAGAGCAAAUCCUUCCUUCUGAAAGAGUAGUCCCCGUGCCUCAGUCUAUUGAUCCUGUUAUAGCAGCAUCGAUUAUGCUCAAGGGGAUGACUGCUGAGUUUCUAGUUCGCCGAUGUUUCAAAGUUGAACCAGGGCAUACUGUCCUUGUUCAUGCUGCAGCUGGUGGAGUAGGGUCUCUCUUAUGCCAAUGGGCAAACGCCCUUGGUGCCACAGUUAUUGGAACUGUCUCAACUAAAGAGAAAGCAGCUCAAGCUAAGGAGGAUGGUUGCCAUCAUGCUUUAUUGUACGAGGAAGAUUUCGUUAGUCGCGUCAAUGAGAUAACAUCUGGUAAAGGAGUUGAAGUGGUCUAUGAUUCUGUUGGAAAGGAUACAUUUGAGGGCUCGUUGGCAUGCUUGAAAGUUCGUGGGUACUUGGUUAGCUUUGGUCAGUCCUCUGGUGCUCCAGACCCAAUACCCUUAUCGGCUCUUGCUGCAAAAUCUCUCUUCUUGACAAGGCCUUCUAUGAUGCAAUACACUGCAACGAGGGAUGAACUGCUGCAUUCUGCUUCUGAGGUUUUCACAAAUGUUGGAGCUGGUGUCUUACGUGUUCGAGUAAAUCAUACAUACCCCUUAUCGCAGGCUGCACAAGCCCAUUCAGAUCUUGAGAACAGAAAAACAUCUGGAUCCGUUGUGCUUAUACCAUAAGGGUGUUAGUGGCUGCGUGUCGAGGCUGAAUCACACUCGAAUAAGGAUAAAUUAAAUCUCACUAAUGUUUGUAUUUCAAGAAGACAAAGAAUGUCUAAAAAAUGUUUGUUUUAACAUGGGUUUCCCAUGUGGAUUUCUUUUUAUGUUUUCAGCAAUGUGUGAAUGCUCGAGUUAUGUUCUUUUACGGUCCACUUGAUUUAGGAAACAUACCAUUUUAUAUUCCAA